AUGGCAUUGUGGUUUCAGCUUCUUGCUCUGGUUGUCUCUUUGGUUCUGCCAUUGGCACCCAAACAAGUGCAGGGGGCUCCAUUUUUUUAUGCUGCAGGAAAAUCUGGCCUGAAUCCAUCUUCAACUGGAUGUGAUUUUUUUCAAGGGAGUUGGGUUGUUGAUAGUUUGUACCCUCUUUACAAUGCAUCAAGCUGCCCCUUCAUUGGUUUCAAUUGCCUCAACAAUGGCAGACCUGAUAAACAGUACCUCAAAUAUAGGUGGAAGCCUACUGGUUGUGACCUUCCAAGAUUCAAUGGUCAGGAUUUCUUGGAGAGAAACAGAGGCAAAAAGAUCAUGUUUGUGGGGGACUCACUAAGCAACAAUAUGUGGCAGUCACUGACAUGCAUGUUACAUGUUGCGGUCCCAAACUCUAAAUACAACCUAACCCAGAAAGGGCUGCUUUCCACAUUUUACCUUGAGGAAUAUCAAGUGUCAAUUAUGUUUCUGAAAAAUGGGUUCUUAGUGGACUUGGCUUAUGAGAAAAUAGGCAAAGUCCUAAAACUGAACUCCAUCUCCACUGGCAACCAAUGGAAAGGAGUAGACACGUUGAUCUUCAACACAUUUCAUUGGUGGACUCACACUGGGCGCUAUCAAACAUGGGACUACUUUCAAGUAGGGGACAAGUUAGUGAAAGAAAUGGAUCACAUGGAGGCCUACAAGAUUGCAUUAACAACUUGGGCUAAAUGGGUUGAUUCCAACAUUGAUUUUUCAAAGACCAAAGUCUUUUUCCAAGGAGUUGCUGCAGUUCAUCUUGAUGGCAAGGAAUGGAUGGACCCAAAAGCAAAAGGGUGCCUAAGGCAAACCCAACCAGUUCUAGGGCCAACUUAUCCAGGCCCAAGCCAUCCAGGAGAAGCUAUUGUAAAAAGUGUCUUGAGCAGCAUUGAAAAUCCUGUGUACUUACUGGACAUUACUUUGCUCACCCAGCUGAGAAAAGAUGGCCACCCCUCCAUUUAUGCAGGCCCAGGUCCCAAAUUUGUAGACUGUAGCCAUUGGUGUCUUCCUGGUGCUCCUGAUGCUUGGAAUGAACUUCUAUAUGCAGCUUUGCUCUAG